UUCUGGAAAACAAACAUCUUCAACGUUUACAACCCCCACAUGGAGAAACCUAUAUAAAUCAACAAUUGAAUUAUAUCCUGUGGAUGAAGUAUCUGAAUUCCAAACAAUGAUGGCUAUUCCUAUCGCAAUAAUAUUUGUGUUAUCAGUGUCUGCCUGCUCUAUACUUGUGUCCAAAUGCAAGAAAAACAGCAGCACGGAAAAACAACUUCAAAAUUUAGCAAAGAAAAAAUUAUUUGAGCGAAAAGCAAGGAAAAAACAUCGACGAAAAAUGGAGAGACGUAAAAAACGUCUGGAGAAAAAGAGAAAAUUACAAAUAAAAGUGGACAAAGUACUUCACAAGCUAGAAGAAAGAAGAAUAAAACGUAGAGAAAGAAAUAGAAUCUUAGAAAUAGAACGCAAGGAAGCACUGAAAGAGUUGGAGGCUGCGGAAAGCGAGGACCACGUGUCUAUUGAGAUGUUCUAGACCUUGACUAACUAUAGACAAAACUGUCUACCUCAUCACUGGACAUACACAUUUUUAAUUCCAGUGACCAGUAUAACUAUGGUCGGUCUAAACAUAUGAAUUUUAAUCCGGUGGCAGGAAGUUGUGUGGCCCAAAAAGUAGAGAGAACAAAAUACAUGUGAUAAAAACUAAUCAAGACAAAUGUAAUCGCUGUUUACAUGACUUUUCUAUAUCUUUGCAAUAAAUUCCCAUUUAAACAUAA